AUGUCGCAGAACACUGAGCCCCUAUUGCAGCGCCCGUUAUAUGUGUUCGACCUCCCCCAAGAACUUCUCUCGACACUCGAACUCAGGGCACAGAACAAUGCUGCCAUUGCCGUACCCGAUGAGACCGACCCACUAGCCGGUGAUAACAGCAAGAGAAGCGAAAACGAAGAUGGCGCACCGUCGUCAGCAACGUCGUGUGGGCUAUGUGGGCUGUCGUUCCCGAGUGUGCAAGAGCAGAGGAGCCAUGUGCGCAGUGAUCUGCACGGUUACAACAUGAAGCAGAAGAUGCGCGGCCUGAAACCCGUGGGAGAGAACGACUUUGAGAAGCUUGUUGGAGAUUUGGACGAGAGUAUCUCCGGCAGUGACAGCGACGAUUCAGCCAGCAGCGACGACGAUGGCAAGAAAGACUCGACCUUGAGUGCGUUGCUCAAGAAGCAGGCAAACAUUGCCGACCCUGACUUCGACGAAUUUACCACCACCAAGACCAAGGUUGGCGCAGGCAAACCGCCGCUGCUAUGGUUCUCAUCAUCCAAACUACCCUCAAACGUCGCUCUCGGAGUCUACAGAACCCUCCUUCCUGCUGCCGCACAGGUCGGUGAUGCGGCCACCAUUCUACAGACCAUCAAGGACAAGCAACUCUCUCCAAAGCCUCCGCCAACUCAACCCACCUCGGCUCCUACUGAAGAGUCCGGAGGUGUCCCCCUGCCUCGUUCUCUCCAACCAGAUACCUCCGCAGCCGGUCCACAUUACUUCCUGUGCAUGAUCGGUGGUGGCCAUUUUGCCGCUAUGGUCGUGUCCCUGACACCCAAGAUGACCAAGAAGGCUGGCGUCGAGGAUCGUACUGCCACUGUACUCGCACACAAGACAUUCCAUCGCUACACAACCCGUCGCAAGCAGGGUGGUUCUCAGUCCGCCAACGACAGUGCCAAGGGCGCUGCUCACUCUGCUGGUGCUGGUAUCCGUCGCUAUAACGAAGCAGCUUUGAUCGCCGAGGUCCGACAACUUCUGCAAGACUGGAAGGCUUGGAUCGACAGCAGUGAGCUGGUCUUCGUCCGUGCCACUGGAACCACCAAUCGUCGUACGCUUUUCGGUCCAUACGAAAACCAGGUCUUGACGUCAAGAGAUCAGAGAAUUAGAGGUUUCCCCUUCGCUACCCGUCGCGCAACUCAAGCCGAGCUGAUGCGAUCCUUUGUCGAGCUCACCAGGGUGAAGGUAUCCACCAUCGACGAAGUUGCCAUUGCAAGGAAGGCACAGGAGGAGGAGGCUGCUCGCCAUGCUGCCGAAGCAAAAGCUGCCGCCAAACCAGCCACGCCAAAAGUCGUCAAGCCUAGCAAAGAGGAAGAGGAGGCCAUGCUUCAUACCACCCAGCUACAAGCUCUCAUUCGACGAACGAAAGCACCUGCACUCGUCUCAUACAUCACGUCCAACAACCUUUCGCCCAAUUUCACCUUCUUCCCUUCGGACACCCCGCAAAACCAUCACGCUCCCACUCCUUUGCAUUUCGCCGCCUCCCUGAAUGCUCCCGCCCUCGUAUCGUCGUUACUUCUAAAAGCAAAGGCCGACCCUACUGUCAAGUCGGCAGAAGGAAAAACUGCUUUCGAGAUUGCAGGCGAUCGAAAUACCCGUGACUCUUUCCGUCUGGCCCGUUCGGAGCUGGGAGAGAGUGCAUGUGACUGGGACUCGGCAGGCGUUCCUGCAGCACUUUCUAAAGCCGAUUAUGACGCUCGAGUGCAGCGCGAUAAAGAGGAAAAGGCAGCAGAAGAUGCAGCAGAACAGCAACGACGAAAGACUGAAACCGAGCGACUGCGGAACGAAGACAAGGUCAGAGAAGAGCAGGGCAAAGAGAAGAAAUAUGGCAAAGGCAAGACACUGGCACAGGUUCUACCAGAGAAGACGGCACAGGAAAAGAGAGAAGAAGAGGCUAGGGGUAUGACUCCUGAGAUGCGCAUGAAGCUUGAACGAGAAAGAAGAGCCAGGGCAGCAGAGGCUCGCUUCAAGGCCAUGAGUGGAGGUAGGUAG